CGCUCCUAUUAUUGGCUUCAACACUGGGCGACUGGGACGACGCGAACAACUGUCACGCGGAGGCGGAGAUCCUGUGGCGUGUGGUUCGGCGAUGGAAUCCAGAGGGUGAGGACGCUGUGCUCGAUACGUACAUGGACGAUGUGCGCGAACAUAUAGACGAUGUGCGCGGCGAUUUGGAGCGGACUGAGCAUGACGACGACGUGGAUGACGAUGGCGCGGCGCACGAGGAGCAAGUGAAUGAUGCGACUGCCGCCAUGGAGACCCUUGAACUGCCCGAUGAUGAGGCGAAAGUGGAACUGCAGAUGGUGCUGAACCUCAGGCUCCUCGGGGCCAAGGAUGAAUACGUAUGCCCCGACCUUGGUUAG